AUGCCGGAUCCCUUUCUGAUUGAGGCUGCCUCGGUUGUACCAUUGAGCUCCUCAACAUCAUCCCAUCUACUUGCGACGCACUCCCAUCUUCUACACAACACUCAUAAGUCAUUGAAUGUCCGACAACAAAGAGACUAUUGUGGAGCCUGCGGUAGUAUUAGAAAGCCCGAGUGGACCAAGGUGACUGAGAUCAAACCGAAAUCGAGGAAACAUCUAGCUGCAUCUGCCGCUAAAGGUGCCAGUGUGUACAAGUGUCUCCGUUGUCAACGACGGACUGUAUUGCCACCUAUCCAGCCUCUUACAUCUCGGGCCUCUGCUGCAACUGCUACACCCUCGUCCGCUCCAGAUCCAACUUCCGGGGCUGCGAAAGGACCAACGCGAGUCUCAACCGAGUCCAAGUCAGGUGAUAACCAGAACAGCAAGAAGAGAGCGAAAGCGCGCAAGCAGGGUGGUCUGCAAGCUCUUCUUGCCUCUAAACAACAAGCACAACCCUCACUGGACCUGCUGGAUUUCUUGCAGUAG